UUUGGUAAGACUUUAAACGUUCAUAACCUAAAAGUUGAAUUGCAUGUAUUAUUUCGCCUUUUUAUGUUUUUUUUUUCUAAUGUGGUUUAAUGCACUGCUGUGUUGAUAAAUGCACGUGUUCAGCGGUUACCAGAAGAAAUUCACUGAAGAAAGUAUUAUUAAAAUAUCUUCCAUGUACAACCGAAUGAACGCCCUACAUGAAAGAUACGAAAAGGCGCAACUAGAAUGUAAAAAGUGGGAUAAAAUACAUAAGUACGGCGUCCUGAAUACCACCGAAAAACUCAUUAAUACCGUUGCCAUUAAAGAAUCCUGCCUUAAAAUGUACCUGGAAAUAUGCCAGAGGAAGAAUACGAAACCCGUGCACCAAAACAACGUGGAAAUGCAACUUUUAGCCAUAAAACAAGCAAUUGGGGAGUACGAAAUUAUCAAUAAGAGAGUCGUGGAGAUGAAGGAGAGAGACCUGAGGGCGUCCAUUGAUCCGAAAGUUUCUAGCACAGCAUACAAUAACAUAUAGCUUCACAACUCUCUUGGCGGGAACGGUUUGCGCCGAUCGGGUCCGCGCAGGCUAUAAAUCCCGCCUUUUGGCGGAAAAGGCUGCAUUAGCGUCAGU